UGCUGAGUUAAUGAAUUGUAGCAACAAUAUUAGUACUAAUUUGACAAAUUGUUUUAACAACAUAAAAAUAAAUCAUUUUUCGGAAAUGGCAGUGGAGAAGUUUGAAAUGACUGAAAUGGAGAAUAAAGCUGGAGGAAAUAAACGAUUUCCAUGGACAUUGUGGUUUUGUGUCAUUACAGCUGAUCUGCUCAACGUUACCACGGGCCUCUCAAUGGUUUGGCCAUCAGCAGUGCUCGAAAUGCUACAUUCCACUGACCCCGAGGUAAAUCCUUUGCCAGAACCACUUAAACCUAUGGAACUUUCAAUAAUGAUGGCAUCAUCAGGAGUGGCAUCUUUAAUAAGUUUCUUCGUGAUGGCGAAAAUUUCAGAUCGAAUAGGAAGAAGACUCAGCAUGAGAUACCUAGGAAUUGUAUACGCCGGAACAUUUGUCGCGAUGGGAUAUGGAAGACGUGUAUAUGUUUAUGUUAUAACGUUUUUUAUAAAUGGGCUUGCAGCUGCUGGAAUCUUUAUAAACGUAUCUAUAUACACCGGGGAAAUUUCUGAUGACCGAAAUAGGGCUUUGAUAGGUUGCUUAUUCGGUCUUAUGACUCCUGUUGGAAACUUCUUGGGCUAUUCUUUUGCUGCCAUUUUAAAUAGCGUAAAGUUGUUUAGCCUUAUCUGCACAAUACCCGCAAUAGUACACGUUGUAUUAACGUUUUUUAUAGUUGAAUCGCCUACAUUUCUAGUAGGAAAGAACAAAAAGGACGAAGCUAUAUUAGUAAUAAAGAAGCUUAGACAUUAUACUAAUAUCAGUGAUGCUGAGAAGGAAUAUGAAAACAUUGUAAACUUUAAUUCUAGUUCUAAUAAGGAACAAAAAACAAUAUCAGAUCUUGUUCAUAAUCCAAUAUCGCGAAGAGCGUUAUUGUUGGGAUUUACAUUAUUAAGCGCACAACAAUUCACUGGUACUAACACAAUUAUAAAUUAUGUAGUCCCAAUCUUUAACGAAGCAGGAGCUUCCUUAUCCGGUACCGUAAUAAGUAUUUUGCUCGGUUUGGCUCAAAUGGUGGUAACAAUUGUAGCCACAUCAACUGUACACAAAUUUGGACGAAGACCACUGCUCCUACUAUCUUCUUGUAUGUGCACAGUAUUGCUGUUUUGUUUAACAUUUUACUUUUAUAUAAAAGACGUAAAUGUAUCCAUUAUAGAUAAUAUCCGUUGGUUACCAAUAGUCUGCGUGAUAACGUUCUUCGUGGGUUAUGGUUUAGGGUUAGCUCCGAUACCAGUCGUUUUAGUAGGAGAGUUAUUCCGCAAUGAAAUUAGAGCUGUGGCUUUAGCAGUAGUUGUCGUUGCUCAAUGUACACUAACAAUUAUUAUUAGUUUCGGUUUUCCAAUAGUCUCAGAGUCCUUAGGAAUUUAUACUUGCUUUUUGGUAUUUAGUAUUGGAACUCUUGUUUGUUUGGUUUUGAUAUACCGGUACGUACCCGAAACUAGAGGCAAAAGUUUUCAAGAGAUUCAGGAUAUUCUUAGUGGACUCGUUAAGUCGUGAUUGCACAGAGUAAAAAAAUUUAAAAUUUUGUAACUUUAAAUAACUGUAAAAAGCAAUAUCCCAGAGGACGGUAGUUCUCGCCAGUGGCGUACACCUCCCUAUAUGCAACACUAUAUAUACUGUCAACCAGACCGAAUUGAAAAAUGGGCCAAAUCCCAUCUUAAAGCUUAGUAGUAGACCAGCCAGUAUAGUCAUUCAUCUAGAGUGGUCUAAGGCUGUGAAUUUUAGGGCCCUCUGCAUUUGGAGUCCGUUUUUCGUUCUCGUCUCCAAAAUUCCACAAAAAUUUCUGAUGAUCGAAAUAGGGCUUUUAAUAGGUUACUUAUUCGGUCUGACGACUCCUGUUGGAAACCUUUUUGGCUAUUCGUUUGCUGCCUUCGUAAAUAGUGUAAAGGUGUUUAGUCUUAUCUGCACAAUACCCGCAAUAUUACACGUUCUGUUCACUUGUUUUAUUGUUGAAUCGCCUACAUUACUAGUAGGAAAGAACAGAAAGGACAGAGCUAUACAGGGUGUUAAAAUUCUGUCCAUUGCGAAUUUCUAGAACUGGUCAUAGGCGUCCGUUUUGGGUAUGGCAACGGAUAUUUUAUCGCAUAACUUUUUCGCCUUCAACUUUUAAGCACUUUUGAUACUGGAUUAUUAAAUUGUAAGCUAUUCUAGUACUAAAAGGUACUCUUACUUUAAGUCGGUAGGACACACCGUUUUCUAGAAAAAUCAAUUUGAAAGUUUUUAGUUUUGGGAAUUUGAAAAAAAAAUUAAAAAAAUUAAAAAAAAAACGAUGUAUUUUACCAACUUAAAGCAAGAAUAACUUUUAGUACUCUAAUAUCUCAUGAUUAUCUAUAAUCUGAAUAAUCUAGUGUCAAAAAUACUUAAUAAUUAAAGACAAUAAAUUUAUGCUAUGAAAUAACAGUUGACCUAUCCAAAACGGACGCCUAUGACCGGUACUAGAAACUCGCCAUUAAUGAAAUUGAUUGAUCCCUGGAAUAUAAAUAAAUGUACCAGCUUUCAUCUUUCUAAAUAGUUUUUUUUUUAAUCUUUUUUUUGAAAUUCAAAGAACGAAAAAUACGGUGUAUCCUAUCGACUUAAAGUACCGUUUAGUAAUAGAAUACCUCACAAUUUAAUAAUUCAGACUCAAAAAUGCUUAAAAACUAACGACAAAAAAGUUAGCCGAUAAAAUAACCGUUGCCCUACCCAAAACGGACGCCUAUGGCGAGUACUAGAAAUUCGCAAUGGAUGGAAUCGAUUCAUUUCUGGAAAGUAAAUAUGCAUACCAAUUUUCGUUUUUCUAAAUAGAGGCGUUCUGGAGGUAUUUAAGAAAAACUAAUUACAUGAUGCUAUUUUCGAAGAGGUCUAGUUCCCUUAGCCCGACCGCACAUCAAAGAAACAUGAAACGUAAAUUACGUUUCAUGGAAAUAAACCACUGCUAAACAAAUAUACGUCCGGCCAUUUAUGAAACUCUCCGAAAAUCAAAAAAUAUGUCAUGAGCAUGAAUCACACUUAUUUCAUUGGUAGGCGGACUUUGAGAUUUGUUUAGCAGUGUUUUAGUUUCAUGAAACAUGUUUUUCGUUUCAUGUUUCAUGUUUUUCGUUUCAUGUUUCUUUGGUGUGCGGCUUGGCUAAGGCAGGCCGCACAUCAAAGAAACAUGAAACGUAAAUUACGUUUCAUGGAAAUAAAACACCGCUAAACAAAUAUACGCCGGACAUUUAUGAAACUCUCCGAAAAUAAAAAUGUGUCAUGAGCAUGAAUCACACUCGUUUCAUUGGUAGGCGGACUUUGAGAUUUGUUUAGCAGUGUUUUCUUUUCAUGAAACAUGUUUCACGUUUCAUGUUUUAUGUUUCAUGUUUUUCGUUUCAUGUUUCUUUGGUGUGCAGCUUGACUUAGGAAGCAUUUUCGGACUAGGUGAAUUGGGAUAAAUUGUCUUAAAAUUAUCUGAGGAAUCUCCUUUCUUCGUUUGUCGGUAGAGUUUCUGGACACCCUAUAUUAGUAAUAAAGAAUCUUACGACAUUAUACUAAUGUCGGUGAUGCUGAGAAGGAACAUGAAAACAUUGUAAAAAAAAUUUGUAGGAUCAUUUUUUGGUUAGAAUGGCCCAAAAAAUACAAAAAAAUGUUUUGUUUUGCGAGAAAUCGCUGUUACGUGAUUCCUCAACUUCUUGGUUUAUAACAAUCUUAUCGACAUCCGGAUCAACUGUUACCCAAAAAAUUCGUGUUCUACAGGUAAAAAUACAUAAAAAAAACUUGGGUAAGUCCAUCUGAAUACAGGAAGCCGUUGUACCCCCCCUGGCGACAGGACUAAGUAGAAAUCUGUCGUGUGUAAAAUAUUUAAGUUUAUUGUAUUAAUUAUUUAAAAUAUAUUUUUAAAAUUAAA